AGUCAUCGCGAUCACUGCAAAGAUGUUGGUAUAUUUUGGGAUAGGAUCGAAGAAAAUCUUAUUGAUACAGCAAUUAAAGCUAAGGGAAAAGAACUACGAUUGACCGAGAUUGGUGUGGCCUGUUCCGUGAUGAAUAGUACCUCGACGGUACUUCAAACUGCUAUUAGAAGGGUCGAUACGACGUUGAAGAGUAUUGGAAAACGUUCAUCAGAAUCGAUGAUAGAUAAUGAUACUACGGGUUCAGCCAGUAUUAAGAAGGUUAAAAACACAGGUCCCUCCGCAAGUGGUGAUAACAAAUCACAAGAUCUUGAUGAGCAUGACACAUCACUUAUUGAGGCUAUUGAGGCUAACUCAGAAGGGAGCGUUGAGGAUGAACCUAAAGAUACAUAUAAUACUCCAUCACCGUGCCAUUUUUCUUUAAUUAGCUCAGAGAGUGAAUCUGACGAAGAUUAUAAAUCGGAUAAGGAAAAUGACUCAUUCUUUAAAGAUAUAAACACAAUUUCAUUUGACGAUUAUUUAAAUCAAAAUAAGACAGAAUCCGAAUGGAGAUUAAGAGAUGGUCGUCUGAUUGUUGAAGUUCUUAACACUAAGACCGCUGAGGUAGUAAAACUAGUUUCGGAAAAAGAACAAACACAAUUUAUGAAAAGUGUUAUCCGAUUAGGACUUUCUUCGAUUAUUGAUUUGUCUUCUGAGUUCAAAGAUGGAAUGUAUACGUGGUUUGGGCAGGAAUGGAUAGAUAUUAAAAGAAAGGUCUACGGAAUUGUUAAUAUGGAACCAAACAUUUUUGAAGUUGAGAUAACAAAUGUUAUUGAUACUGUCGAAGAGGAAAACAAAACAGGAAAGUAUCAGGAGCUUAGUGAGAUUGAAUACGCAAUGACUAUGACUGCGCCAGUGAUGAAUAAUAUAUUUAGUGAUGUCUUGGAUUAUCUGAAACUUCGCUGGGGGGAAACAUUGUCUAGUGCCACGUCUGAUCGUCGUCGAAAAAUUGAUUUAAGAAUUGUUCAUAAAGUUAAGAAGCUCGAACUCGGUCAUUCCGAAUGUGCGAAAGCUCCUACUCCUGCAAAAGCCGUGCAUGACCGUUCAAAAUGUUUACGAACAUUGAAAGGUGUUCUUGAUAAUUUUUUAAAAGAAGAUUUAUCGGAUGAAGAAGUUCAGGAUUCAAAAAUAUUAGGAAUUCAGUUUUCUGGUGUAGAUCUUCUUGAGGAUGGACUAUAUUUCGGACUGGAAGGAUCAACUUUCAAUUUUCCGGCACAACUUACAAAUAUCAAAUGUCUUCGUGGCGCACUGGAGACCUUAUACUUUUUCAAACAAAACUUUGUUAAGAAAGCGAAGUUAAUACCUGAUCCAAAAACUUUAAUCACCCAUAUAAUAAGAUAUUUCAUUCAGGUGCUUUAUCAGAAGCAAAACAUUUCAAGAUUAAGUUUAUCCGAAAAACGCAUUUUACUCCAAGAGAAAAAAGAAAUAGUCGUACUCAAGAGUCCUUUGGACGAGAAAUUAUAUAAAGGUAGUAAUGAAAUAACGCUUACUGUUAGUAUAUAUGUAAUCUUUGAUAAAAGUUGCACGGAUAAUGAUGCGAUGUGA